AUGUCGUACACGCCUGAUUUCCACCCUGAGCCACCAAGACCAACUGGCAUUUUUCAAUGGUUCUAUGUCUACAUUAACUCCCUGCUAGAAUUCUUCAUCGGCUAUUACUACCCUGGACAAAUACAGCGACUUCUUGAAAAAUCAACAAAUCGCGCGCUAGAAUUAGAAGAAUCCCUCCUUUGGCGACCAAAGCAGAUCGAUUGCGAGAAACUGUCGGAGAAAGAAAUUCUCAAAGAACUGAAGGGAGAGGUGCGACAAGAGGACGGGCCGUGGUUGUUGAAGAUGAUCUGUAGCAUCAAGAAAUUCCAGCGGCUGAGGCAUGAAAUUGAAAUGAAACGCGCAACGAGGGUGACUAGGGAGCUACACCGUGACCAUUUAGAGCAUCUCUACGAAUUGAUAAAGGAGGAGAAGAUCAAUGUUGGACUUGAUAAGGAGGAGGAUAAACUCGAAGAUUCAAAAGAAAAGCCCGACUGGGUCUCGAUUGGCUUCCAAGGAUCCGAUCCGAUCACAGAUUUCCGCGGCGGUGGAUUGCUCUCCCUCUCACAGCUCAUUUACUUCUGCGAGAAUUACCAAGAGAAAGCGAAAAAUUUGAAUCUUCGUGCGUCUCAUCCGACGAAAGGAUAUGGCCUGGCAAUUACUGGAAUAAAUCUGACUGUAUUGCUCACGAAGGCUCUUCAAGCAGGCGCCUUGAAAAAGUAUUUCUACAACACUACAAUCUGCGAAGAACAGUUCAACAUCGUCUUUUCCGAAUGCAUUCUUUACUUCGAUUUUCUCUGGAAACGCGAGGAUCCCGAAGACAUCAUGCAAUUUUCAUUUAUUUUCGACAUUUUCCGCGCUGAUUUUGAAAAAGCCGUCAAAAACGGAGACAUUCCUUCUAUUCCUUCUUCAACAUCGCCCAGUUAA